AUGCAGUUCUACAUCAUCUCCCUCCUCUCACUCUCCGCCCUCGCCCUCGCCCUCGCAGCGCCUCAAGCCAACGUCGCGCCUACGUGCGGAAGUGACGGCGACUGCACUAGCUUCUGCAGCGGAGGACCAUGCACCAAGCCGUUCUGCGGACUCUCUGCUUUUGGUGACGACCGCUGCUUCUGCGGUGGAUGCUAGAUGGCAUGACUACAUCUACCUUCGGUCGCGAGAGAGUCUAUGCGCCGAGGGUUUGUGCCGGAAUUUCAAGGAGGUGCGACUAUUGUACAUAUUCACGGCCAUGGUCAAGCGGGUGCAAGGAUGGGCUGCGAAGCCAGUGAUACUUGGAGGGCGCGCAUUGGCACGCGAGGAUUCCGUGCUUGAGAGCAACAGACCAAGGGCUCAUAGACGACGUCUGUUUUGAAAAUUGCAGCGAUUUUUCUGUUAUCAAGCUCCCUUUUUGAGCGAGAAUUGAGAGUGACUGAAAAAGAAGAAAAAGCCAGCUAGAGGUCUUGUAAUGUUGGCUGCACCAGCUCAGAGCCAAUACUUUUC